AUGCUCUUUGGGAAUGGGCGAGGCUUGAGUUUACCUUGUUAUGUUAUUGUAAAUUCUUUUAAUUUUAACAGUUUUUUUGUAAAAACAUGUAUAAAUAAGAAGGGAAUAAUUGACUUUUUUUAUAAGGUCUUGAGGUUUUUAUUAAAAAUUAUUUCUUAAGAAAAUGAAGAAUAUAUUGUUACUGUUAGCAGUAACGAGUUGCGGUUACGGGCAACUGGAUCCUUAUAACCAAAACUUCCCGCCGCAGCAAUUUCCUUCUGACAAUACGCAGAACGGCACAUAUCGUUCUAAUCCUCAAAUACCGUACGGCAGUUUCCCAGUCAAUCAAGAUUACCAGCAGUCACAAAGUACGUUUUAUAACGAAGGUUUCGAUUCGGACCCCUAUCGCGAUGGUGACAACGAGGUGGACCCGCAGAACACCGCUAGUUACUACGCAGGUUUAGACUACGAGGAGAGGUACAAAUGUCCUCCCAAUUGGAUUCGAUUUAGAGAAUCUUGUUACCGCUUCACAAAGUCGCCCAACCGGCCGCGGAACGACGCCCGGAAGAUCUGCCAAGCUUACGAAUCAGACUUAGUAGCAGUGAAUACUCCAGAGGAACAUGGAUUUAUCAUUACAACUCUAAUGAAAAUAGAUCCUCAAAAGGGUUCCUGGUAUGUUGGAGCGCAUCAACAGUCACCGGGAUACUGGUCUAACGAUUUAGAUGGAUCUCAGCUGUCAGGUCUUGAAAAUGCUUUUUUUGAGGAUGUCACAUCCAUUUACAACAGCUACAAUUUGCUGCCUCGGGAUUAUUUAGUAUACAAGUUCUCACAACAUGAUGGCCGCUGGGGUCUAUCUGCUGUAGAAGGUACUCAAUAUUAUCAUUUUAUUUGUGAAGGUCAGCCUCAAAGGUUAAAGUUUCUUAUGGAGGAUACUAGAUCCUUUACCUAUGGCUUAGAUGUUUAUGAUCCAGAGAGAAUUCCGAGGGGACCUUAUUUCACAAAAGAGCCAGUAGACACAAUAUAUGACCCUCUCCGCAGCAAUUUUGUGCAGCUGACUUGUGUUGCAGGAGGAUAUCCCACACCUGUUUAUAAGUGGUUCAGGGAAGAUUACCAAGUAGACAGCCCUGUAUUCACUGAAAUCAAUCCCCUGGAUGAUACUAGAUUUAUUGUAAGUGGUGGAACUUUGAUGAUUUAUUAUCCAGAUGCUGAUAAAGAUAAUGCAAAAUAUCAUUGCACUGCUUCAAACAAAUAUGGUGUCAUCCGCUCUGAAUCAGUUCGACUCUCAUUUGGAUUUAUUAGAGAGUUUAAUCAGAAAAGACCAAUGGAGAGUGGCAAACAAUACUGGGGUAAAGUCAUGUACUGUGAUCCCCCAUCUUACUAUCCAUCUGUAAAUUUCUUAUGGGCUCGUAAUUAUUUCCCAAACCUUGUAGAAGAGGACAAGAGAGUGUUUGUGUCUUCAGAUGGCGGAGUAUACUUUUCUGCCCUUGAAACUAUUGAUAAUGGCAAUUAUAGUUGUAAUGUCAUGAGCAAAGUUUCAGACAUGGGUCGCAAUGGACCAUUUUUCUCACUGUCUGUUUUUCCCCAUUCAGAUUAUCAACAGCUUAAAUUCCCCAACAAUUUUCCCAAGUUGUUUCCGGAUGCUCCAGUUGUUGGUCAAGAAGUUAGGUUAGAGUGUGUUUCAUUUGGAUAUCCAGUGCCUUCAUACAAUUGGACCAGGAAGAAUGGCCCUAUGCCAAGGCGAGCAAGACUAAGUAAUUACGACCGUGUUUUGACUAUUCCCAAUGUUGGAGUUGAGGAUGAGGGAGAGUACAUUUGUGAUGUCAGCAAUGACCGGGCGCGCAUAUCUAACAGUGUGUUUUUAAAAGUACAGGCAGAACCUAACUUUACUAUACCAUUAGCUGACAAGCAUGUUGACAACAAGGGUGAGCUGCAUUGGAAUUGUGAAGCCUUUGGUAUCCCAGAUGUCAAUUACACUUGGUGGAAAAAUGGCAAUAAACUUUCUAUGGAAACUUUAGAAUUAGAAGACAGGGAUCGAUAUAUUAUUCAGGAUAAUGUGUUAACUAUAAAGCACUUAGAUCCUGCAAGGGACCCUGGAAUGUACCAGUGUGAAGCCAAGAAUCAGUUAAAAGCGAGAUAUUCCACAGGGCAGUUGAGAGUAUUGUCAUUGAGACCAUCAUUUAAGAAGAGACCCCUUGAAUUAGAAACAUAUGGCUCAGAAGGAGGAAAUGUAACUUUGAGAUGUAAUCCAGAAGCGGCACCCAAACCAUCAUUUACAUGGAAGAAAGAUGGAAAUGUAAUAGGUGCUGGUGGGAAACGAUUUAUAACUGAGAAUGGGAAUCUGAUCAUCAGACAAAUUUCCAGAGAUGAUGAAGGAAUAUACACUUGUGUUGCCAAGAACCAGUAUGGGUCUGAUGAGAGUAGAGGAAGACUGAUAGUUUUACGCGCUCCCCGAUUCCUAGUGCGCUUACCUCCGCGCAUAACAACGCAAGUUGGCCAAGUAAUCUUUUUACAUUGUAGCGCUGAAGUGGACACACUCUUAGACACAGCUUACCUCUGGAAUCACAACGGCAUACGCAUGAAGGAAGCAGCCGAUCUUUAUGCUGACAAAAGAAUUAAAAUUGAUGGUGGAGAACUGACCAUUUAUAAUGUCAGUCUUUCCGAUGUCGGCGAUUACGAGUGCAUUGUUAAAGCAGCUAUUGGCCGCAUAUCCAGCCACACACAACUGCGAAUCGAGGGUCCACCAGGUCCUCCGGGCGGUCUGCAAAUUUUAAACGUUUUGAGAAACACUGUGACCCUCGAAUGGACCGACAGUAAUUCUAACGGGCGACCGAUCACUGGCUACGCGAUCACCGGGCGAACCAAUUGGAACUCCUCAUGGAUUACUAUUGCGGAUAAUAUCGCCAACGUGAUGGAGGUAGAUCGUUACAACGGACGCAAGCGAGCGAUCGUUCCUGUUGUCUUGCAUCCGUGGUCAGUAUACGAAUUUAGAGUUCAAGCUAUUAACUUCCUCGGAAUCGGCAAACCUUCAGCGCCUAGUCCACAAUUUUCGACGUUAGCUGACAAGCCUUAUCAAGCACCCGCGAACGUCGGUGGAGGUGGAGGCAAAAUUGGUGAUCUUACCAUCGCCUGGACUCCUCUGCCAAAGCAUUUGCAGAAUGGACCAGGAAUACAUUAUAAAAUAUUCUGGCGUAGAAACGGUUCUGAAGUGGAAUUCCAGUCCCUCUUGCUAAAGGAAUAUGGGAAUGUUGGUAGUCAUGUUGUGCGUAUAGUGCAUCAGUAUUUCUAUACGCCCUACGAUGUUAAAGUACAAGUUUUUAACGACUUGGGUGCGGGUCCUGAGAGUGAAAUAGUUACUAUAUACUCUGCCGAAGAUAUGCCUCAAGUCGCCCCACAGUUGGUGUCGGCACUUUCCUACAACUCUACAUCCCUCAACGUGACUUGGAGCCCGAUAGACCAGUCGCGUGAGAGGCUCCGUGGCAAGCUCAUCGGCCACCGUCUGAAGUAUUGGAAGCAGUCCAACAAGGAGGAAGAGUGUAUCUACUACUUGUCCAGAACUACGCGCGCCUGGGCCCUCAUUGUCGGGUUGCAGCCUGAUACAUAUUACUUCGUGAAGGUAAUGGCGUUCAACUCAGCGGGCGAGGGUCCCGAGAGCGAGCGCUACCUGGAGCGCACGUACCGCAAGGCGCCGCAGAAGCCCCCGGCCUCCGUCAACGUGUGGGCCGUCAACCCGAGCACGGUGCGCGUCGUGUGGCGCUACGUGCAGCCCACGGAUGAGGAGGAGCCUCUCAUUGGCUACAAGGUGCGAGUAUGGGAAACCGACCAAGACAUGAGCACAGCAAACGACACUAUCAUACCCGUGGAGCACAAACUCGAAGCCUACGUCAACAACCUCAUACCAGGCAAGACUUACAACCUCCGAGUCCUGGCAUACUCCAACGGAGGCGACGGCCGUAUGUCCUCACCUCCCAUAACUUUCCAAAUGGGUGACUACCAUAGCGAUUCUCUAGGGUACUACGUAAGGGGCAACUCAGCCCACAAAGCAAGCUUAGCUUUAGGAUCUCUUUUCUCUUUAUUUCUAGGUCUUUCGGCCUUUAGAUGGUUGUUAUCGUGAUGUCUAUUCUGCCCUAAUUUUUCGUAGCGGUAGUAACUAAGGUCUGUUUAUGAUAUUAUUGCAAUAGAAUUAUAUAUUUUUACAUUCAAGGUUUGAGCGGUAUUUUUGUACUGAAAUAAUUAAAUUGAUAACAUUUUACUUUAUUUGCACAACUUGCGAGGUUGUGAAUUAUCCCGCCCAUUUUACAUAUUUUUUCAAUUUAUAUAAUUCACUAUUUUACUUAGCUUUAAAUAAUUAACCCUCUCAUGCACUAUACUUUCUAUAUUUUAAGCUAGAAUAACUUACUAUUUUAACUAACAUUCCAAGUCGAUUUUCUAUUGACAAUAAGCCAGGAUGAAAUCUCAUUAGUCGGGACCACACUGAGCGAGCAUACGCGCAAGGCAAUUUCCUCGCGGCCGAAGCGGCAGGCUUGGGCGAGGAAAAAGCGCGCGCCGCCUCGGUCGAGGCACGUCUACACUGGGCGUUUUGUGCGUGUGGAAAUUGCCUCGCGCGUAUGCUCGCUCUGUGUGGGCCCGUCUAUUACCUAAUGAUCUAAGACUAAUGAUAUUAUAUGGAAGUCCAUAUCACAAUUUUGAUUUAGUUGUAAGAGAUAUAGAUGUAUGUAAAUAUUUUGCAAUGUGUUGUUUAUACAUUUGUUUAAAAUGAAGUGCAUUUUCGCUACUACGACGUAGACUGUCAAGUUUUAAAAUUAUUUUACUUCUACAAUCCGAGCCAUUUUCUUCGUUUAGGUUAUACUUAGGAGCUAUUUUUAGUUACACGCAUAAUGACAUAUUUUCGCGUAAUGCCACAUAAAGUAGACGGCCGAGUGUUCGUCACUGACCCAUUACCUACAUGUCAUACUUGCCGCAGCCAAGUGGCGAGUCGAGCAAUAAAAGUCAGGUACCAUACCUUUUAUGCGUAAUACUACCCGCGCUACUCCCGCUCCAUUUAGGCCGUGCAAGUGCGAAAGAGAUAUUCCGAUGAUUUACGGCCUGACUUGCCACUUAGUUUUGCGGCUCGUAUAUCAAUAGUGACAAUACGGUGUCAUCUAUUGGGGAUUAGCAUGUCGAGCACUGUCGUUACCUAUCCAGUGGGAGUAUACCCCGUACAUACGCAAUUUUGCGUGUAUCGUUCCGCGUGCUCAAAAUAUAUCUUUAUGCGUCUAAUUGCCUAUUUUUAUUUUAUAAUAUUUAUGGUCAUAUAUAUAGUACAAAGUGAUGAAGUGAAGCAGUGGGAAAACUUACUUGUUAUGUAUCAGCAUCAAAUAGGUGGUCACCAAAAUUAAAUAUAAUUGCAACACAUCCUUGGCGAUAACGUAGUGUUGCAAAAUUUUUGGCCACUGGCAGUCACUAUCUAUUCAACGCUGACUGUAUCAUUAAUUAAGGAAGGUGUUUGUUAUCAAGAAAAUAAAUCAAUUUAUUCAUAUUGCUAAAGCAAAACUUUAACUGGAAAAGUCCACCCCAGUGAACACUGCUUUUUUCAACUAAAAAUAUAAAUAAAAUAUGUAAUUUAAAAUUGCCUUAAACAUGUUGAAAUCUUUGUACGUAAUGUUUAAUACUAAAAGUUUCGUGAAAUAAAUGUUUUUAUACUUUAAA